AUGACAAUGCCUUCCCUCCGUGUACGAAUCCUGAUCGUGCUGUGUGCUGUGCUGGUGCUGUCGCAGCGGUGGUGGGCGCCGCUUGGUAACACCUUAUUCAACCUGGUGUCACUGUCUAGUCGCUGGAGACACGCUUCUGUUGAGUCGUGGAUUUCGAAAGAUCGCGAUGAUUUUGACGUGACUUUUGCGUCGUACCCGGUCAAUCAGACGACUGCUGGACCUUCGUAUCAGGAUGUCGUCCCGCCUAUACUACACCAUAUUCAUCUAGGACCAAAUGCACCGCGAGCAGAGUGGCUGGGCGCGCGAGAUGAAUGCAUCAAAUAUCACCACAACUGGACGGCGCUCAUCUGGGACGAUGCCGCAGCCGAGAAGCUGGUCAACGAAGAGUUUCCGCAUCUCAGCGACAUGUGGCAUAAUUAUCGAUACCCGGUAGAGCGAGUCGAUGCUCUGCGAUACAUGGUGCUGCAGACGUAUGGCGGUGUCGUGCUGGAUUUCGACCUCGCGUGCAAACGCAGCUUGGGACCGUUGAGGCGAUUCGAUUUUGUUGCUCCGGCCGCUCAUCCGACGGGCUUCUCGAUCGGCUUUAUGAUGGCCAGCAAGGGCAACGAAUUCGUCAAAAAUCUCGUUAAUAAUCUCGCUCCCUAUAACCAUGUAUGGUUUUAUUUGCCCUAUGUCGCAGUAAUGUUUAGUACUGGCUGCCACUAUGCUUCUACCAUCUUCACCCUCCAAGAAGACCGCGCCUCCCUCCGAAUACUCGGCGGCAUCACCGGCUCACCGCGCCUACACAUGCUGAACGGCUUCGUAGACACGCCGUUAUUCCGCCACUUGGGUUCCUCGUCGUGGCACAAUUUCGACGCUGCGCUGAUAAACUGGAUCGGGCAUUUGCGGCGGGGGUCGAUUCUCGUCUGCCUCUCGUUUAUGGUCUCGCUCAUGUUGACCGUGUACUAUCUCACGUCUCUGCGACGACGACGAUGCGCUGCGAGACGAAAUAAAUCUACGGCCGACAAAUUCGAUUCGGAAAGUGGAAUAUCUUGCCUCAAACACGCAUAG